UCUUGAAGACACAGAACACAUUGGAGGGGAAGAAAGCAGGAGGUAGCUGGUGAUAGGCCCCUACUGCUGCCGUUUUCCAAUGUAAAUCUUUGCUAGAGAUGUGAAACCCCUUGCUUCUUUUCUAGACCCUGAGAGCCCUAUUCCAGUACAAACCCCAGAACGUGGAUGAGUUGACGCUAAGUCCUGGUGACUACAUCUUUGUGGACCCCACGCAGCAGGACGAAGCCAGCGAGGGCUGGGUGAUUGGGAUCUCACAGCGGACAGGCUGCCGGGGCUUCCUGCCUGAAAACUACACAGAUCGAGCCAGCGAGUCUGACACGUGGGUUAAGCACAGGAUGUACACCUUCAGUCUAGCCACGGACCUGAACUCCAGAAAGGACAGUGAAGCCAGCAGCAGAUGCAAUGGGGAAUUUCUUCCACAAACGGCAAGGAGUCUUAGCAGCUUACAGGCCUUGCAGGCCACCGUUGAAAGGAAGAGCGUGCUGGUGGUUCGCCAUGGGGAGAGAGUGGAUCAGAUCUUCGGGAAGUCGUGGCUGCAGCAAUGCUCCACUCCUGACGGGAAAUACUACAGGCCAGACCUGAACUUCCCUUGCAGUCUGCCCAGACGAAGUCGUGGGAUCAAAGACUUUGAAAACGAUCCCCCAUUAUCAUCGUGUGGCAUUUUCCAGUCCAGAAUUGCAGGGGACGCACUACUGGACAGUGGUAUCAGAAUCAGCUCUGUGUUCGCCUCCCCAGCCCUCCGCUGUGUGCAGACAGCCAAACUCAUCCUGGAAGAACUCAAACUGGAGAAAAAAAUCAAGAUACGAGUGGAACCUGGAAUCUUUGAAUGGACAAAAUGGGAAGCUGGAAAAACCACCCCAACCCUCAUGAGCCUGGAAGAGCUGAAAGAGGCAAAUUUCAACAUCGACACUGGUUACAGUUUCCAGCACAAAACUGGAGCCUCCCUGUUGACCACGAGCCUGCCUGGAGGGAGAGCCAUCCUGGAAGAACAUUCUCCUUCCCCAGCUAACUGCAGCCGUGCCCUCCUAAUCCCUACCAAAGGGCCAGGGCAGCAGCCUCUCCAUCUCCUCCUUCCAGGCCCGCAUUUCCCCUGUCUGCCCUCUUGCCAGCCGAGAGCUACCAGGAGUACGUGGACAGGUGCACGGCGAGCGUGGUGCAAAUCGUCAACACCUGUCCGCAGGACAGUGUUCUUAUUUCACACAGCGGGCGCCAUCCUCAUUGUGAGUCACGGCUCCGCGCUGGACUCCUGCACGCGGCCACUGCUCGGGCUGCCGCCCCGGGAAUGUGGGGAUUUUGCCCAGCUCGUGAGAAAGGUACGUGCCCACUCUUGGCUCUUUGGGCCACAAAGUCAAGCACCCCGAAGACACAGGUUUACCACAUCCACUUCUCGGAAUGAAAACAAGUGUCUGGCUGGCCCAGGGCCACCAGGAUCCACGUGCCCCUGGAGACUGUUCCCACCUGCUCUUGUGCAAAGGGCGACUUCGGGCCGGGGCUGGUGGAUAGGUCAGUCAUCCUCAUCAUCAUUGGUCACUUGCUGAUUUUUUACCCAUCAGCUCACGCCAUAACCCCUUGCAGUGC